ACGUCAAUUUUUUCAGGAAAAUGGAUGUCUAUGAUAAUUUAUAUGACGAUCCUAAUCUGAAAGGAUCUUUUCAGGAAUGUGCUGAAGUAAUCCAACUCUCAAGAUACAAACCACUGAAUAUUAAAAGAACUCCAAGGACAGAGAUUUCUGAGACUCAAGAAAAGUUGUCUUUUCUGGAUCGUAUGAAGGAGAAAUGUACUAAAAGGUUUGCCAAUAAUUACUUCAGCAAGAGAAAGGUGUGUCCAGACUCUAGCAAAAGGAAAAGGAGAAUAUCCAGUAAAGACAGUGGAAUCACUGAAGAUUCAUCUCAAGUAUCAAUACAGGAUUAUGUUGAUACAUCUGAAAAUGACUCCGACCUAGACAAGAAAUCUCAGGGAACUUCAAAAGCCUCGAAAAGAGCAACUGCUAUGAAAUACUUAGAUGAUGAUUCGCAAGAGGAUUCUGGGGGUAAGAACCUGUUAAAAAUACAGAGGAAGAAUUUAAAGGUUGCAAAGAAACCCAGAUUUCCUACCCCAGGAAAGAACAAGAAGAAAGAACCCCGCGCUAAUGGUAAAUUGCCUGUCAAGGUCGUCACCAGAACACCAGUCAUUCCUUUUGGGAUGAAACGUAAGAACAGUUUCCUUGACAGUAAUUGA